AAAGUCUUCAUCUUCAUCUUGAACUCUAACACAAAACAGAGAAAGAGAGAGAGACAUAUAGCAAAUUAAAGCCACAAUUUUUCGAUCUAAUCAUCUUCUCCACUUCAAACCCAUUUCUCAAAACGUAUUUUUAAAUCAUAAAAUCUCCAAAAGUUUUCAUUUUGUUUCUGAAUAACAAUGAAGAGGCUCAGAGGUUUCAAGAUCGGACACAGAUUCGUGAAGAUCUUCAAAUGGAUAAUCCGAAGUAGAAGAAUCCAACCCGGGAAACGCCAAUGCCUAACCGGAAUUCUCAACCCAGUUUCAAAAAUAUGUUCUUUAGCACGGUGUCUCCGUCGUGGAGCUAAUAGACUAUGCGGAGGAAAGAAAACGGGUCAGACCCGGUUGGGUCACGAACCAAAACCGGUUGCUGUUCCCAAGGGACAUUUAGUUGUUCAUGUCGGAGAAUCUGGUGAUGAUACGCGGCGAGUGGUGGUUCCGGUGAUUUAUUUUAACCAUCCUCUGUUCGGAGAGUUGCUGGAACAGGCGGAGCGGGUUUACGGGUUUGAUCAAACGGGUCGGAUUACGAUACCUUGUCGUGUAUCGGAUUUUGAGAAGGUUCAGAUGAGGAUCGCCGCAUGGGAUCGUUGCCGACAGAAGCGGACUUUCAAGAUUAUUUAAUUUUGACUUUCACAAAAUAAAUAAAUAAAUAUUUAGCUUUUUAUUAAUAGUGGAGGAAAAAAAAGUACAAAUGUCAAUUAGAGAGAUGAGAACCUCCCCUCCACUUAAUGUUGAUUAUCAGCUAAUAACAUCAUAGGUUAUACAAACUACAUCUUAUGUUAUAUUUGUAAUGAUAAAACUACUUUAUAUAUUGUAAUACAGAAAGUGGAAACUUUGGAUUCCAGCUAGAUAUCUAUGUUGUUUUUUCUUCUUAGUACACAAGUGAUAUUGUGUGGCAUCUGUCAUGACUAUCAAAU